CCUGUCCCUGUCCCUGUCCCUGUCCCUGUCCCUGUCCCCAGGGGCCGGGGCGCUGCAUCCCGCGGGGCGCGGAGGAUGGGCGGGCGCGCAGGCGGUGCCCGGGGAUGCGGAUCCUGCUGGUGCUGUGGUCCGGGAGCUCCUCCAUCUUCCCGCUGGCUCGGAAAAAAUGUGGAUAACGGGAUAGCGGUGCUUUGCUGGAGGACAGGAUGCUGUUCCCGCUGCCCCUGCGUGCAGCCUGCAGCCUGCUGGCCUGGUUCUGCCUCUACAAGUGGUUCUGCCACCGCUACCGGCACCGGAACCUCGAGUGGAGCUGCAGGCUGGUCACGCUGACCCACGGCAUCCUGGCCACCUGUCUGUCUGCUUACAUCGGCUUCAUCGACGGCCCCUGGCCCCUGAGCCACCCAGGGUCGCCCAACACAACCCUUCAGGUGCACGGGCUGUGCCUUAGCUUGGGCUACUUCAUCUUCGACCUGUGUUGGUGCGUGUACUUCCAGACGGAGGGUGCCCUGAUGCUGGCCCACCACCUGGUGAGCAUUGUGGGCAUCGCCGCCUCCUUGGCCCUGGGCGAGUCGGCCGCGGACGUCAACGCCGUCAUCUUCGGCAGCGAGAUCACCAACCCGCUGCUGCAGGCCCGCUGGUUCCUCAAGGAGCUGGGCCGCUACCACACCUUCACGGGCGACCUGGUGGAUUUCCUCUUCGUGGUGCUCUUCACGGGCGUGCGCAUCGGCAUGGGGGCCUGGCUGAUGUACUGCGAGCUGGCCUCGCCCAGGCCGCGCUGGUACAUCAAGCUGGGAGGGGUCAUCAUGUACGUGGUGUCCUGGGUGUUCAUGGUCAGCAUCUGCCGCUUCGCCCGCAGGAAGAGCAUGAGGAAGUACCAGGCCUGGAGGAGCCGCAGGAGCCACGAGCUGGGCUGGAAAAGCAACGGGCACCUCAAAAGCCACUGAGUGGAGGAUGAGCGAAGAGUUCCUCGAGUUCGCGGGCUGGCAAGGAGGGGGAUCGUGCCUGAAAUGCCACUGUUGGGAGAGGAGCCAACGCACGUUAGCGGUUCUGGAGCCAAGUUUAUCCCUGGCCUAACUCCACUGAAAUCCAUGGAGCUGUGCCACGGAUUCGCUGGGUCUGCAGUGCUCGGCCUGGCACAGGCUGGCACGGUGUGCACACAAGCAUGGCCUGAACGAGGAGGGAAGGAAGGGCUGAUUUUAUAGACUAAGCAUAGCUAGUCCAGCAGUGCAGGUGUAAAUAGUGAUGUGUGUAGGCAGCUCCUUCAGGAUCUAGGAAGAGAGGAGGAGGUAACGCUAGGUCUCCAUGUCCAGUGUCCUGUGCAGUCUAGGCAGCUAGAGUGACUCUCUGUGCUGGUAGGAAGAAGUGUUCUGGUGUUGCAUCCAAGCUGGGAUUCCUGGCUCUUCCACCACCCCGUUGUGUGACCUUGGGCCAGUCUCACAACUGGAACUCUGUGCCUAAUUCCCCCUCUGUGACUUGGGGGAGAUGGAGCUGCUCCAUCUGUCAUGCACUUUCAGAUUUUUACUUGAGAGGUGCUACAUGAAAAAAGUGAUGGUUGUUAGCUGCACUUGGUUCAUCAUUCCUGUGUUUCCCUUGGGAGAAACGACUUUGGUGGUCCAGCUAGAGCGAGACUCUAGAAAAAUCAGUAUUUUAGGUAGGUUGUUAUUUCCUGCCCUUUCUAACUCCUUUUAAUAACUUAUUCAUUAACAUAUUGAUAACUUAUUUUCUGUAGUGUCCAGAAGCUCUAAUCAGCACUGCCUAAUUACAGGAUUAGGUGCUCUGUGAAUACACCCAAAGACACAGACCCAGAAGGGAAAUUUUUUUCCUUAAUUUUCCCUCUUCUUCCCUGACUGUUAAAGCUCCCCUACAAACACUGCUUUUAGCUCCUUGGGUAACCAGCACACUCCACUUUGAGAAGCCCCAUCAGGAUUUGCCAGUCAGGGGUUUUCUUGCUGAUGAUCCAAGCCCUGAUUUUGCCUCCAGAACACCAAAAUUCCCUCUGCUGUACCCCAAAUCCAAACUGGGAUUUCUGGUUGCCCAGAAUGUGCCCUGUGGUAGCCACAGACUGACCUUGGCUCUCCUUCAUCUGAACUGAUGCCUUGAUCCCUGGGCUUUGAUUUCCCUCUGACUGUGUCUGAGUCACUUUAUAAAAGUGAACAUUUAGAGGGUCAGAGAGCUUAGUAAUUAAAGAAAUGAGAGGCCCAGAAUCUGGUCUUUUUAAAGCAAAAAUAAACCUGACUGUGAGAAAAAUAAGCAUUACUUAUCCAGUCCCAUUUGUAGGGAAAAACCAUGCCCAGCUGGCAGCAUCUGGAGUUUAUUUCAUUGCAUGUCCUUAAGCUGUUCCUUUGUUUUUGCUGUGAUUUUUAGCAUUUCCUUUGAGCCUCCAGUGCAGCUCAGGUGCCCCCUUUUGCUUGAGCCUUGCUUGCUGCAGCCAAAGACCUGAAGAAGCCCCAAAAAAACCCCUUCAGAUGAGCAGAGCCAACUGAUGAGCUGGUCCUGGAGAGGAAACUUGAUUCAUCCAGCACUAUCAAGCCUUGAAAGGACACCAGAAGGGCUGGUUAGGGCUUGCUGGUUCUUUUCCCCAGCUCUGCUGCUCUGUUGAGCACAUCCAGGAGCCUUUUUGCCUCAACUUAACCCACUUUGGGAAGUGGGUCCAGUCUAACCUACCUCACAGGGUGUUUCCAUUUAGCACCAAGCCACCUCUGAUGGAUUCCGGGUGGUUUGUGUCAGGCUGUGCUGUAUAAAAUUGCUUUGAGUGAAGCACUUCCUGCUAUGAGCCAUCAGCAGCGCUUUGUCACCUGAGCUGGGCACUUCCCAGCAUCCCAAAAGCAGGAGCGAGGUGUUUUGCAAAGGUGCUAAAGGGCAGGAGUGAGCUGGACACCCUCACAACCAUCCCUGAGCUGAGGAAAAGGGGUCUGCUGGCUUUUCAGGAUUGCAGGAAUCUGGAGCUAAAAGAGUCUCAAGCACUGAGCAGGGAAUGAGGGCUUUCAGCAGCAGCUCCUGCAGAAAUGCAGGUGAAAACAGGCUGGUCCUUCCUGGGGAGCUGCUGAGUGCCCACCAUGAAGAGUUUGCAGGUGGUUUGGGCUCUGAGCUUUGCUCAGGGUUGGGGUGCAGCUUUUUGGGGUCCCAGCCCUUACCUGCCCAGGUGGGUGAGGAUGGCAGUGACUGCAGUAUCUGAAUCACCUUUCUGAAGACAGUUUGAAAUAAAGUGGUUUGAGUGGUCCCAUGUUCUGAACGGGGGAAACUCGGUUGGAAGAAGGAGAGCACUGCUCAGCUCUGAGGCUUUAGAAGGUAAACAAAAAAACCCCCAAAAGGGCAAUUAGAAAUGGCUUUAUGAGGCAGAGCAAGGCCUUGUAACCCAUUUAGUGGGCUCCAGCAUAGAAUCACAGACCCAAAAGUACAAAUUCCAAGCUGUGGAGCACAGGGUGGGACCUGUCCUCAGGCUAGUCCAUAGUGGCUGGAGCAAACUGUGAGAGGAAACUGCAGAACUAGUGUGAAAUAAUAACUUGUGUCUGAAUUACUGUGUAAUAGCAACUAAUGUUCCACCAGUGAAUGGUGUAGAUGCUUUGUAUUAUGUUUUAUAAAAAUAAAGAUUAUUUAAUUAUA